CUUGCCUUUACAAAUCCAAAAACUUCAGAACUUUCCCUUAUAUACCAACAACAAGAUGGAAGAUAUCAAUUACCAUUACACCACCAUGAAAAUGAACCCAUCAUUUUGCUCUCUGAUUUUCUUGCUAUCCAUCAUCUUCUCUUCAACUCAUUGCUCACCAGCAGCUUCAUGCCAAACUUCAGAAAGGUCUGCCCUGUUACAGUUCAAGAACACCUUCAUUGCUGAUUCAUCUUGCUCAGAUUCUCUUCCAAUGGUUGCUUCUUGGGGAGUUGACGGUGAAACAGAUGAUUGCUGUUCAUGGGUCGGCGUCGAAUGCAGCAACCAGACCGGAAAUGUCGUCGGGAUCAACCUUGCCGGCGGAUGUCUCUAUGGUUCCAUUGACUCUAACAGCAGCCUCUUUAGACUUGUUCAUCUUCAAACACUUGUUCUUUCUGACAACAACUUCAGUUUCUCCCAAAUCCCUUCAGGUAUUGGACAACUUUCUGAUUUGAGGCAUUUGGAUCUUGGUAAUUCUGGGUUUUCUGGACAAAUUCCUUUAGCAAUUUCGAGGUUAUCUAAGUUAGAGACUCUUCGUCUUAGUAGUGUUAAUUUAUCUUCUGCUGUUCCAGAUUUUCUUGCAAAUAUGUCUUCUCUGAUGUCUCUGAGCUUAGGAAGUUGUGGGUUGACUGGAAUUUUUCCUCAGAAAAUCUUUCACUUACCAAAUUUGCAACAACUUGUUCUUCCAUACAAUCCAAAUCUCUCUGGUACUUUCCCUGAGUUUAACUUUAACAGUUCUAUUCAGAGGAUAUGGCUUGAACAAAGUGCAUUUCAUGGUGAAAUACCUUCUUCCAUUGAAAAUCUUAAGUCCUUGACUUCUUUAAAGUUAGGAGACUGUAGUUUUUCUGGGAUAGUUCCUGCUUCACUUGGUAAUAUUACUGGACUACAGGAGUUGGAACUUCAUUCAAACAACUUUACUGGUCGAAUCCCUUCGUCAUUUGAACGCCUAACCGAGCUGAAUCGUUUAUUUCUUAGCUAUAAUGAGUUUAGUUAUGCAACUUUGUCUUGGGUUGGUAAGCAGAACAAGCUUGUUUUCUUGGGUCUUUCUGGGAUUGGUUUAAGUGGUACCCUUAUGCCUUCUCUUGGAAAUUUGACCAACAUUGUUCAGCUACUUUUGGGUGAAAAUCGAUUAACUGGUGAGAUUCCAUCUUGGAUAGGAAAUUUUGCACAGUUAACUGAUCUUCAUUUGUAUGGAAACAAAUUGAAUGGUUCAAUUCCAAAGUCUUUUUCUCAACUUACCAAACUGAAGCACCUUUAUCUUCAGUAUAAUCACUUGAAUGGAAUUGUGGAAUUAAGCAUGUUUUUGAAACUUGAGAACCUUACUGAACUUCACUUAACUGCCAAUGAUUUAACGGUUCUUGACGAUCAAGUCAGUAGUCGAAAUGUAACUCUUCCAAAGUUCAAUCUUUUAGGACUUGGGUCCUGCAAUUUAACUCAGAUUCCAACAUUUCUUGAAAAUCAGAAUGAGUUAGAGGUGUUAGAACUUGGACAGAACAAUAUUCAAGGCCAAAUACCCACAUGGAUGUGGAGCAUGAGCAGAGAAAGUUUGAAGGUUUUGAACUUGAGUCACAAUGCCCUAACCGGCGUAGAAGAACCUCGAAAUGCUUUUCCCUGGGUUAAUCUUUAUGUCUUAGAUCUCUCUAAUAACAGGUUAAGAGAAUCGUUUCCAAUUCUACCAGCCAUAUGUAAACUAAGCUCACUUGUAGCCCUUGAUUUGUCAAGUAAUCUAAUGAGUGGUAUGCUUCCACCAUGUAUUGGAAAUUUCAGUUCUUUGGAUAUUAUGAAUUUCAGAGAGAACUUGCUUAAUGGAACUAUUCCUGAUAGCUUCAGAAAUGGGAGCAAACUAAGGUUCCUUGAUUUCAGUCAGAAUCAGUUGGAAGGUCAAGUACCAAGAUCCUUAGCCAAUUGCAAGAUUUUGGAGAUCAUUGACUUGAGUGACAAUCAGUUUACUGAUGUUUUUCCCUUUUGGAUUGGAACUCUUCCAAUGUUAAGACUUCUAAUACUUCGAUCGAAUCACUUCCAUGGACAAAUCGAAGAACCUGAGACCAAUAUGGAGUUCCCCAUGUUGCGAAUUGUCGAUUUCUCCUACAAUAACUUUUCGGGUAAUCUCCCUUUGAAGUACAUAACUAAUUCAAAAGGAAUGGAGAUUUUCAACACGACUGCAUCUACAUAUCGAAACACAUUUGUUACUUUCGCAUUCGACUAUGUUUGGGCUCUUGAAUUCUUCUACUCCACCACAAUAACCAUCAAAGGUUAUCAGAGAGACUACUCAAGGAUCCAAGAUGUUUUUACGAGUAUCGAUCUCUCGAGCAAUAGAUUUGAAGGCGAAAUACCAAAUCUUGUCGAGAAUCUAAAAGGUCUUCAAUCUCUCAACCUUUCCCACAACAUGCUUACUGGCCCCAUCCCACCAUUGAUGGGGAAUAUGGUUCGACUUGAAUCUUUGGACCUUUCACACAACCAACUCUCAGGACAGAUACCGCAACAACUCUCACGGCUUAAUUUCCUUGCAAUAUUUGACGUCUCUUACAACAACCUCUCCGGUCCAAUACCUCAAGGGAACCAAUUUAACAAUGUCGACAACAGUUCAUAUGUUGGGAACGUGGGAUUAUGUGGAGAUCCAUUGUCAAAGAGAUGUGGAGAUUCCAAGCCACCUUCGUCAGGCUCUGAUGAGGGAGAAGAUGAAGGAUCUGAUUUCCACAUUGGAUGGAGGACAGUGUUGAUUGGAUAUGGAUGUGGAAUGUUGGUUGGAAUGAUUGGGGGGAACUACAUACUUACAAGGAAGCAAGAUUGGUUUGCAAAGACCUUCAAAAUUUCAACACUCAAAAAGUGGGACGACUCAAGGUGAAGGAGAGACGGAAUUGGCAAGAUAAUUGAAGAACAGACUGCUGCUUUAUCCAACCUUUUUUUUCCCUGUUUACUCGCAUAAAGAUAUAGUAUUCUUGAUGUAACACAUAAAAUAGCAUAGGGAACUUUGGUUUAUUACACUUGUAGAAAUAGUACCAUAAUACAUCUGUACUACAUGUAUAUUUAAAAUAGGAUUUAUGAUUCAAUGACAUCUUAGGAGGCGUACCUCUACAUGUACAUCAAACUUUGACCGAGGUGAAGAAUAUGGUUGAUGAAAGAUCUACCUCUAAAGUUGUAUCACUUUUUACUUCAGAAAUUUCACCUUCAUCAAAUUGUAUCCAAAUUUAGAUAGUUGUUGUAAGGAAAAAACAAAGAGCAUUUUUAUGUUUAUUAUGAAUUAUAUGUGGCUAGUACAGGAUUGAUCAAACUUUCCAGAGUAGGAAUGCUCGUUGUUUUGCAUCUCCAUUUUUUUCCAUACCUUUGAAACACAUGGCCUUGAAAACUCAUGUCAUGUAACGGUAACAACGAAGUUCAAUGAGCAACCGGGGUUGACAUUUUGAAUGAA